UGACAUGUGGAAAAGGAGUGAUCAGGGUGAAAAAACAAAACCUGCUCCUUUCAAUGCUGUUAAUAUUUUGUUUGUUGUUUGCUUCAUGAUUUUGUCCUAAAUCCACUACUACUUCUGACUUUUGUUUUGCAGAAUCAUGGCUAUAACUCGCCAAGCAUAGCUCAUCAUACUCGAAAUGCAUCACGAAGGAUUUCCACAGAACUGGCUAGUUUAACGAAUCCCCAACCUGGUGGUGCAAAAAGUACUCACGUGGCUGAGUUACAGACAAGUGAUCUCAACCAAAAUACAAUGAGAAAUGUCGUUGACAAAGGGUUGCAGGCUAGUAACCUAUACUUGGCUAAGGCAUGGUUCCAUAGUUCUCAACCCAUGACACGAAGUCGAUCCUCUGAACUGCGGAGGAGGUAUGUUGCCAUGCAGAACUCUCAAACACCGUUUGGUAUGGAAGCGAUGCAUAAUGUCACAGGGCAUAGCAUCAACAAUUCAAAACAGGAACUUGAAAACCCAAACCCAAAUGGAUUUGGUAACAUACCAAACCAGUUCAGCUCAUUCAUGUCUCUGACCAAUUCAUCCUCGUCUACUUUCAAUACAGCUAACGCGGAUAAUGUAGACAAAAUUUCCUCUGUUGUUGGCAUGCUUAAGGGAACAUUAGAGCGAAAGAAGCUUACAAACCCAACUGAAAGAGGAAUCACUGAAGAUAGCUCCUUGGGACAUUAUUGUGCUCAAGAAGUUUUAGGCGAAACAUGUUUGAAUCAAGGACAAGGGAAUUAUUUCAUUCAUGAGAAACCGAGAAUGUUUGAAGAUCCUGGGGUAUUGCAAUCCAGUAACGGAUCUUUGGUUAUGGAAUUCGAAGGGUUUGUAACUCCACCAAACCCAAUGCAGAUGAACAUGUUAUCUCGUGAAACUUCACAAGGUGAAUCUUCUGCUGCUACACCGGUUGUCUCGGCUGGGUUUGAAGCGUGUGAUGGGCCCAGCAACUCUGGUCAGACUAUGAGUGAGAGCUCCAGGAAGCGACUUGGAAAUGGAAAGAGUUCAGAAAUUGGCUCCACACCCAAAGACAUCAGGGAACGUAUAUAUGACAAUAUAAAAGAUGAUCGCAAGCUAAAGGGAAGCCUUGUUCGGUAUGGAUCUAUGAAUUCAGUUGGCUCAGUGGACAAAGGGGAUCCAACAAAGAAGCGUAGGGUGGAGCGAUCCCGGAAAAUGGCAGAGGCAAAGGAAAGGAAUCUAACACCACAAAUUCCCUCAGAUAUGCAGUCCAUUUUGAAGCGGUGUGAUAAUCUUGAGAAGGAAGUGCGGUCACUCAAACUUAACUUGUCGUUCAUGAAUCGAAAGGAUUCUGAACAGACCAAGCAGAUAGAGGAGCUUCAAAAGCUGAACGAUGAGUUGACAGAAGAAAAGGAGCGUCUUCUUGAAGAGAUUGAAAGGAUCAUUGGACAAACUGGACACAUGUGAGACCUUAUUCUGCUUUUGCCAUCUUCUCUAUCAUCGACUCGCCAAAUUCAAUCAUUCACAAUAGCCCCUGAAAUGGCCCAAAAUUCUACAUUGAGAAAUCGACCAAUGCAUAUGCAAUCCUCCCUAAACCAAACGUCGGUUGCUGGUUCUCUAAAAAGCUUGCUUUUUAGAAUUCUGUUAAGUGUUCUGUAUUGGGUACUACUGUGGCCAUAUUUGACAAGGUAUAACCAUUAUUUUGGUAAGUAGGACCAUUUCUUAUUGGAAGGAGGCACAUACUGGUUUGCUGGCCAAAUCUUUAAGGAAAUAUUCUUGGUAGCAUAUUAGUGGACAAAAGUUUCCCCUUGUUCAA